GACAGAUAAUAGAUAGAUGACACAUCAAUAACUAUAUGACCCUAUGACUGUUGGCACUGAGAUGUUCGCUACGACAAAGAGCAUCGAUCCCAAUUGCGUAAAAACCAGCAGCAUGCUUGUGGUCAUCACUCGUCAAGUGUAUUUAAUGCAAUUGCCUUUUCGUCGGUUGCUCCUGAUCGCAAUUCCGGCUCGAGAUCACAAUGUGAAACUUUUGCUGCGGCAUCAACUGAAGGGCUUUCGAUGCACAAGGGCUUUGCCUCACCGGACCAUCGGGACCUGGACCGGCAGGAUGCACGUAGUGACCGAGGCUCUCCAAUCCGAAGGGCGCCAAGGAUGCCGGCCUUUGCUCCUUUGGAGCGUCCGACUUAUGAUCCCUUUGGACCGCUGGGUGGUUAUGAGCUCGGUCCAGCAGGCCAGGGGGAGCCUGUGUGGAGCCGCUUGAAGGGCUCGGUGUAUCCUGUGCUGGAUCUUUGCAUGGAUGCCUACUACGCCUCUUUGUCCAAAAGUUUCCAAGGGGACAUUGAAUUUCUCCACCACGUCGCUGCAGCUGUGGAGUUCAUCCAUGAAGGUGCAGAUGUGGAUGUGAGGGAUGAUGCGAGCGGUGGGUCCUGCUUGCAUUUUGCAGCUGGCAGCGGGUCCCUGCCUCUUUGCAAAACUUUGUUGAGUGCCAAGGCACGCCUCUACGCAAGGGACAUCAAUUUGCAGACACCUUUGUGGUGGGCAAUCAAUGACAAUCAUCGUGAAGUUUGCCGAGCGCUUCUGGGUCUUGAUCCAGCGCAAGUCCUGGUAACAAAUAUUGACCAGCUUACGCCCUUGCAUGAAGCCGCGUUCCUGGGGCGAACCCAGCUUGUGGAUCUCUUGCUUAGCCGAUUUUCUACACAGCAGCACUGGAACCGAUAUGGCCGGGCAGUUCGGCUGCCAUCUGGGCCCAACAUGCGCGCAGGGCGGCGCUUGCUGAGCCCUCUUCAUCUCGCCUGUCGGCAGGGCCACUUGGCCACCUGCGCUGUGCUGCUGAAGGCCUUUGCUGACCCACAGCUUGUUUGCAGUCACGGCCGCACUGCACUCCACCACGCUUGCGCUGGUGCAAGUCGCCUUAGAGAUUUGCGGACAGGCAAUAUUCUGGAGCUUUGCCACCUGUUGCUCCGCCAGCAGCCAGCACUCGUGUCACUCCGGGACGCCUCGGGGCAGACGCCUUUAGAUUUGGUACAGCGGUACAGCUUUGCGCCGCCUGAACUGCAUCUCUUGUUGCGAAAAGCAGCGCCAGUCGGUGUGCACCAGGAGACCUUCACAAAACCUCGGGACGGCCAUGGCGGCCACCGACGCAAGCUCCAAACGCCCAAGGCAUGAGAGAUGCAGUGUGGACACAGAACAUAUGAAGCAAUUUGAAACAGAACAUGUCAAAUGACUUUCAAAUGUGUAUUCCUUCAUUUCGAGGGAUUUCGCACGAUUUGCUUUCAUACAUUCCAUUUCUGGAACGUGUCCCCAUCUUGGGUCAGUCAUCCCGUGUCAACAUACCGGGCCAGAUUCUGGUGGCCAAAGGAUGCCAAAGGCGGCACCAAGUUGAGACCCGGUGUUUCACACCGAAUUCGAGAGAGACUCGAGUCUCUCAGGAUAUCUGACAUCAGGUCACCAGAGCUUGAGGACUUCAGAACGAGUUCGUGACGAAAGUGACGAAACGUGCGAUGUGAAACCAAGAUAACUAAAGCAAGCCAAUUCUAUCCAAAGCCGGAUGGAAAUCUUGAGGCAAGCAGGGUUGCGCUUACUUUAAGCAAGCG